AAUAAAUUUUCCAUUUCACCGCAAUACCGAAAUCAAUUUAAAACGUUUUGUACUUGUACUUAUGACCGAAGGAUACAUCUAUUUUUUAAAUCAAUUUUCAAAUAAUGACAGAUUUAUGUGAAUAUUCAUCACUGGUUAGCUUCUGUUCGUCGUAGUAAUAGGAUUUUUCGACUGACGCUAGUUCAAUUUUCAAUCGUUGAAGCAAUAUGUUUUAGUCUUAAAAUCACUUAUCAGAACCAUACUUCAAAAUGUUUCGAAUUUCGGCAAACCUUAUUGAUAUUCAGAUAUCUCGACGACUAUCCUCCGUCAGAAUUUCUAAUCCAGUUCUCAGUCAAACGUGGAAUCGAAGAAUUGACCAAUGCAAUGCAUACUCCUCGCAACCUCAAAAACAGUCUGGAUUCAUCGGUAAAUUUUUUGAUAAUAUUAAACAAGAAUUUGCUAAAAAUAAAGAAAUGAAAGAAAACCUAAAGAAGUUCAGGGAAGAAGCGCAUAAGUUAGAACAUUCAGAUGCAUUAAAGAAGGCCAGGCAAAAGUACGAAACAGUAGAAAGUGAAGCCUCUAGAAGUACAGAAGUUUUAAAAGAAAGACUGGGUUCGAUUAAACAUAAAGUACAUGAUGUAAUCGAAGAAGCUUCAAAAUCAGAUUUAGCGAAAAAAGCAGAACAACUGAAACAAGAGAUUAGUAAAACUGCCGGAAAAGCCGCUGAAUCUAUUUCAGAGAGCGGUUCUAAAAUCGGCAAAACUAGCGCUUUUCGCACGAUCUCACAAACAGCCGAAGCUGUUAAAAAAGAAAUCGACGAUUCUUCUUUUGCUGGGAACGUUUAUCAACCUCCUACCAAACUACGAAAAAGAGUAGAUGCAACGAUAGAUUCAGCGAAUAUUGCUCCUAAUGAAGAAGCCACCGGCGUAGAAUUGCAUAAAGAUUCCAAAUUUUAUCAAAGUUGGCAGAAUUUUAAGAAUAAUAAUACUACAAUAAACAAAAUAUUAGACUGGAAAAUUCAAUAUGACGAAAGCGACAAUCCUGUCGUCAGGGCAUCACGUUUCGUUACCGAUAAAGUUACCGAUAUUGUUGGCGGGCUGUUCCAAAAAACCGAGUUAUCAGAAGUUUUGACAGAAAUUUGUAAAUUGGAUCCAAAUUUCGAUAAAGAAGAAUUUUUAAAAUUAUGCGAACGUGAUAUCAUACCAAAUGUAUUAGAAGCCAUAGUCAGAGGAGAUUUGGAAAUUUUGAAAGAUUGGUGUCACGAAGCUCCCUACAAUGUUAUUUCCGCUCCUUUGAAAGAAGCUAUAGAGAAACAUUUGAUAUUCAAUUCUAAAGUUUUAGAUAUUGAUAAAACUGAUUUAGUAAUGGGUAAAAUUAUGGAUCAAGGACCAGUGUUGAUAAUUUCUUUCCAGGCCCAACAAAUUAUUUGCAUGAAAGAUAAAAACGGCACAGUUGUUGAAGGAGAUCCAGAGAAAAUACUCAGAGUGAGUUACGUCUGGGCUCUUUGUCGAGAUACUAGCGAAUUGAAUCCUAGAGCUGCAUGGAAAUUAUUAGAUAUGUCGGCGAAUGUGAAUGAACAAUUAUUAUAGAAAUUAUCUCGUUUAAAUGAAUUGAAUGUUGCAAAUUUUCUUUUAUAAUUAUUAUUUUCCAGAAAGACUGUUGUCUUCGAUAAGAUCUUUUUUAAUUAAAAUGUUUUCAAAGGUUUUA